AUGAACCUCUCAACGUACAGCAACAUCACCCAGACUAAAAUAAGGGACUCGUACACGAUAGCUGUGACCAAGAAUGUGAUCGUUGUGGCUUUGUACUUCUCUAUUAACUACAUUAACGGCACACUUGUCCACACUUUCCUCAAGCAUGAGAUCUUCAAUGAGAAUCCUCGAUAUAUCCUCUUCAUCCAUAUGGUCAUCAACGACAUGAUCCAGCUAACAAUUGCAGUGUUGCUUAAUCUUAUUUUCUAUAUUUUUUAUACAAUUAAUGUCUCUAUCUGUUGCAUUCUUAUAAUGAUUGCAGUGUUCACCACCCUCAACACUCCCCUGAAUCUGGCCGGCAUGGCUGUGGAGCGCUACAUUGCUAUUUGUAACCCGUUACGUCACACACAGAUUUGUACUGUGCGCAGGACAUACAUCCUAAUUGGCCUCAUUUGGGGCUUGGGUGCCAUCACCAUUCUUCCUGACCUGUUCUUUCUAUUAGCCACUGAGCCUUUAUCGUUUUUCCAUUCUUCUGUCAACUGCCAUCAAAACGCUCUGCUCCGCCACCCAUACAUGGUGGAGAAGAGAACAGUCUCAUACCUGGUCUAUCUGUCCUUUGUAUGGCUCACUUUGUUCUACACCUACUUCAGGAUCAUGUUUACAGCCAAGGCCACCGGUGCAGACGCCCGGAAGGCCCGCAAUACCAUCGUCCUGCAUGGCCUGCAGCUUCUGCUGUGCAUGUUCACAUAUAUUGACCCACUAAUUGAGAGUACGUUAACGUCUCUCUUCCCCAUGCUUUUAAAUGACAUACGAUUCACAAUUUACAUCUUUGUCCAGAUUUUACCCAGGUUUAUAAGUCCUAUUGUGUACGGAUUGAGGGAUCAAAUGUUCUGUGCAUAUCUGAAAAAGCACCUGCUGUGUAUUAAGCUGGAUGAAAAAAAUCAAAAACAAACACAAAGCUUCUAA